AUAAAGUAGUUUAUUUUUGGACGGGGACGUUUAUGUCUAAUACGAGAAUCAAGGAUUACAUAAUGGAGUGGCGACCUACGUAUACACGUGUGCACAUCAUAUUGGUAAUAUCAGCAACAAUGUCAACAAUGUCAGUUUCUCUGAUUGAGAACGGAAGUCAUGGUCUUCCAAAAGAAAAUAUCCCAUGCUCACCAUCCCGACAGACGGUUCGAGAAACUAUGUCAUGUCCAAGAAAUAAAGAAGAGUGGACAAUGAGAGCUAAAAAAAUGAAAUGCCACGAUCAUCCCCAAAAUUGCACGUCUACAGACAACUUUAAAUACCACUGCGUUCUUAACGUAUGGGGAAAUGCAACGAUUGAACUUUGUGCAGAAGAAAGGGUCAUCGGAGGAAAUGCACUGAAUUUUCCUACGGUGGAGCGUUUUUACAAGAGCAUUAUGAGAACAAGUGUACAGCAUGUCCAUAUCUGUAUAACUCCAGCGACAUAUAUCUAUGCUAACAGAUCUGCUUUCCUAUUCUAUUUUGCUUUAGAUCAAGAAUGCUUUCAAUUCCAUUCUGUGCUAUCUACCAAAGGGAACGAUGAUAAUUCGACUGAUGAAAACAAUGAUGUUAAAAAGGAACAGCCCUUGAAUAUUCUUUCACUUUGGAUUGGCGUUCCCGCGUUUCUCGUCGUCACGUUUGUCGUAGGAUGUGUUAGCUGCUGGAUCUGUAGAAGUCGCUGUCAAAAUGAGGAUACAACACUGGGGGCGAAUGGAGUGCUUCUAGAAAUGGACAGAAAAGAGUUCAGAAGUAUAGAAACAAAAGAACGAGCACAGGGGAAUAUAUCACACGCUAUGUUAGGGUCUGGAAGGUGCUAUGUGCGGCAACUAUCAACAUAAUCACGUGUAAAAUCUAAAGAUAUGUUAAGGGGUUCUUUAUACAUCAUGGAAAUAUCCCCCGCUGGCAUAAAAUGUUUCAGUGGAAAAUGAUUCAACUGAUACCCUUUUCAUUCAUUAUACAUCUAAUGAUGUAAUGGAUGCAUUAUAUGAAAUGUUUUACGGGUUUACAAAAAAGAUAUUAGAUAAAACAUUUAUAACGCCCCGUUUUAUUUCCAUUCAUUUAAUAAUGUCACCUGAGUACUUUGUGAAACCUUUCUGUACGUCAUCGUGCAUUAAAAAAAUGACAAAGUUCUAACUUCAAUGUAGAGGAUACUCCCAUGUAGCGUUAGUUGGGUAUUAAGGACUGGAGGAUGGAACCAGAAGCUCAAAAGAAGAUAUAACCCUUAAAACAAUUUUCUUUAUAGCGGGAUGUCUGACAAAUAAACUAUUAGUAUUGUCCCAGUCCCUGACAGGCAUUGAUUACUCGUUGUGGGGUCAGGUAACCGCCAACACCAUUACAAUAUGGCGUCCUGAAACGUCGUCUAUAUGCAGGAUUUUCGCGAAAGAAAACGUAAAUCAAUUUUGUUUGUUUAUAUAACGCAGUAAGUAAAACUUAUGGAUAAAAAAUGUCCAUGGAAGAUAUUCUACGUUGGUGUUACAUGUAGCAGUUUAAAAUGAUAUUAUUGGACUUGAUGUAUUUUUUGUCGAGUUUUUAAUCUUUGUUCACAUAUAUCCAUUUUAUAAAUGUUAUUUGGCCAUAAAAGAAAACUAAGUAAAUGACUUCUCUAUUGUCUUAAAAGAGCAUGUUAUCAAAGUUUCAAAUCAAAUACAAUAUCUUGGUUUGCACAUUGAUGUUAAAUUGAAAGUUGAAAAUAUUGUAAACAUUAAAUUUAUCCCCUAAGCAUUCCGUUAAUUUCUGUGUGUUUGAUACUUUGGAUAUGCUGAAAGUUGACAGGAGAGUGAAACAAAUGAGACUGAACCAUAUUUUUAAUAUUGUACAAAUGAAAGCCCCUGUUUAUCUGAUGAGAAUGUUUACAAAUAUAUAUGAUGAAUACUGUAACACCAAAUUGGCAGAUCGUCUCAAUAUUAGAUUAGCAUCACUCAAACUAUGUCAAGAUCAAAGCUAUUGUUACAAUUGCCAUUAAAGAUUGAAACUAUUUGUCAGCUUACAUUAAACUAAUGAGAAAUAAUUUUUUUUUAUUUUAAACACCCAAUGGCUGAUUUAAUAUGUUAUGAAGAGAGUUCUUUUGUCUACCAUUAUAACUGUGAUAUAUUGUUUUUUUUUAAAAAAAUACGUUGUUAGUUUACUUUUCAAACUUGAUGCGGUUUAUUUUAAUACGUGCAAUAUCUGUAAAAGGUGCUGUGAUUGUAAGUAUUUGCCAAAAUCGUGUAUACAUCCUUUUAUUUUUCUAUUAUCCUAUUUUUGCUGUUAAUUUUUGUUACAUUAAGGAUCCCAUUGGAAAUAAGCACUUUUGCUGCCAUGAAUUGUCUUUAGGUGCAAAUCAAUGCAACGAUACUGUUAUAACCAUGAUAUGUUUAAUUAGUUCGAAUUUCUUGUCUUAUUGAAAGUACAUACUUGAAAUGGAUACAUGUAUUUAUGUUACACUGUUCCUGUCAUUUAAUAUGCUAUUUGUAUCAUUAUGUGUCACACAUUGAUUUUUAAGCUGAAUAAACUAUAUAUUUAUGAG